UAACAACAAAAAAUACCACCAGCAGCAGCGAUAACAGCGGCUCCGCGUCAUGCGUCGUCCGGGAUUCACGUCCACCUCACGCAGCCCGCACCGGCGGCUCCCGCUCCCGCUCCCGGUCCCGGUACCGCCGGAGAGCCGCAUGCAGCUUCUCCACGUUGAAGACGCAGCGAUGCUCCAGCAGCAGAAGGAGGACCCGUCUGCGUCCCGCCGCCUCGGCCUGCCACCGUCCCGCCGCCUCCAGACACUGAAGCCCGGCCACGGCUUCCCAUGAGGCCGCCACCAGGACCCAGCUCGCCCGCUCCGUUUGACAUGGAGGAUGAAGAUGGGACUUGUCUACUUGAUGUUUUGUGUGACCCCCAAGCGCUGAACGACUUCCUUCACGGGACCAAUGAGCUGCAGACUGAAGACCUGCUCAUCAGCUCCUCCUCCGGGGAGCCCUCCCUCUUCACAGAUGCCCCGAGCCCCGCCUCUCUGCUGGGAGACGGCAGCGGCUCCCCCGGCACGCCGCCGCCUGGCUGCGUGGACCUGUCCUUCCUGGAGGAGGCCCUCCUGUCGUCGCCGGAGGUCGGAGGGGACGACCCGCAGGGGGUGCAGGGUGGGCCGCCCGUGGAGGCCGCUUUCCAGGCCAAGAAGGGGGAGGUGGCGGAGGAGGAGGCGGAGGUGGCUUGUGACAUCCUGCAGCAGAGCCUGCAGGAGGCCGAGAUCACAGAGCAGACCAUGGCUCUGGAGGCGGGGCUUGCCCAACUGGCCCCCGGGGAGAGCCUGUCCCUGUACUCACCGGCCCCCCUCCCGUUCACACCCAAACCUGUGACCUUGCCCAUCGCCCAGGCGUUGCCCCGAGACACCCAGGCAGCAGUGGAGCCCCCCCAGCCCUCCCUCCUGGCCGUCGGGCCGGGCUGCCCUUCUCUGAAACCCACUGGCCCACCUCAGCUGAUGGGGCUCCUGCCGGGCAACGUGUUCCCCGCGGCUUCCCCGGAGACCUCCUUCUCUCUGAGCCCCGCCCAGGCGUCCAGCAUGAUCAUCCACAAGGCGGCCCCCAGCGUGACCAGCCGCCCCUUCAUCGCCUCCACCCUGAGAGCAGCGGGGGCCGCCGGCCUGCUCCUCCAGCGCGCCCCUCUCCACAUUCAACCCAAGCUGCCCAUCAGCAUUCAGCCUAGACUGGUUCAGAUUAGCCCCAAGCCCUCCGGGCCGAAACACGCCCCGGGUCUUACGUUUCUCCCUGGGACCAAUGCGCCAAAUAUCUUGCUCUCCCAACCUCACGGCCAAAAGCCCGCGGCUACACCGCCGCAGGCCCCCCAGCAGCUCGCCAAGCCGGUCAGCCUGCAGCUGGUCAACCAGGGCGGCUCCUUCGUGCUGCAGCCUCAGGGACUCUUCCAGGGCCAAAACCAGUUCCUUCUUCCGAGCCAGUCCCCCGUUACCAUCUCCCAGUCCGCCGGUGCGGCUCGACCGCUGCUGACCCCCGGCCGCCACGGCGUGAAUCCCUCCAGCGGGCAGCUGGUCGAAGGCUCUCAGAUACUGACCGUGCCGCAGAGGCGGCUGAACUUCAGCCCCGUCUUCACCACCGCGUCGGGGCAGCUGGCGCUCCGCCAGGCCACCGUGCUUUCAGGACCCCUGCAGCUGCAGUCGGCGCCCCCUACCGUCUUCCAGAUGCCAGCGCAGCUGGCGGGAACCUACGCUCCAGCAGGCCAGGGGCAGCGGACCACCCUGGUCCACAGUCCCGCUCUCGGAAACCACAUUACCUUGAUCAACAGUUCGGGGGUGCUGCCCCCAGAUCUCACUUCCAUCUCCAUAGUCAACGGCCCCUCGGUUGUUCAGGGUGUGCCUUUCGCCGCCCAGGCUCCGCCUCCCCAGAGUGGCGUGGCCGACGGACAGCUGGGCCUGCAGCCGGCCUCCGUGGUGCUGCUGCCAGAGAGCGCCGCUCAAGAGGAGAGGACCGGCUCGGAGGAGACGCUCCAGCAGCUGCCGCAGCCCUACGGACGAGUCCUCCAGCACGUCUCGGUGCCGUCCUCCUCUCCUCCUGUGAUCCGGGUCGCGCGAGCUCCCCCCGAUCCACCGCUGGCUCCGGAACCAGCUGUGGAGAUCCCCAAACUCUUGAUGCCCCCAGCAGAAACGACCCCAGUGGUGGAGGAGGUGACCCACUCGAUGAGCCAGAACGAGGCCUUUAUGCAACAUCUGCAGCAGCAAGCACUUAGUUCUCCUCUCACCUCGGACCUGUCGGUCGGAUCGCUGCCAGCGGUGCCGAUGGAGCCGCUCGCCUCCCCGGUGGCAGACGACGGCGAGACUCCACCGAGGACCCACGCGGCCCCGGGUCAGGACGCCCGGCCCCUGACCUCCGACCGGUGCGUCGAGUCUUCACCGCUCCACCCGGGUCCGGCGGACCCUCCGGUGAUCUGCUCCCCGCCUCCCGACGCAGAGGCACCGUCCCCGCCGGGUUUCUCCCCUCGGAUCCCUUCGCCGGGACCCGAGGCUUCAGUGGCAGCUCUCCAGACUGGCACCGAGCCCCCGGUCCAGCACCCCCGGGCCCCUCAUCAACUCCAGGUCUCGCGGGCCUCAUUUACCCAGAACCCGGUGCAGACGGAGCCGUCCGUCCCCCGGCCUCGGCCCUCGGCCCACAGCAGCCCCCCCACCCCGCGCGUCUCGCUGCCUCAGCAGCAGCCUGAUCCCACGGCUGCUCGUCCCUCCCCAGGACGGGACGACGCCGCCGCCCAACAGCACACACAAAACAAGCCAACAGCUGCCUUGGUCGGGGAGAGUAAAGCGUUAACUCUCGAUGUCCAUCCACCGUCUCCUGAGGCCCCCGGGGUCCGGGGACACGGGCCCCCUGCCCCCCCCCAGACGAGCCAGAGGAAGCUGGCAGACGCUCUGGAGGAGAUGGAGGAGAGAAUCGCACCAGCGACGCGCGGCCACAGGUUCCAGCAGCAGAUCUGUUCGGACCACGCGGCGGUCCGGGCGCCCUCCGCCGGCCCGGCCUUCCCCGCGCUGAGGGACGCCGUGAGGCGCCUGCUGCCGUACCACGCCUGCGCCGGUCACCUGCCCGCUCAGCGGGACUUCGAUCUAGUGGACCAGCAGUUCGACACUGUGUCCGGUUUCCUGCUGAAACGCACCAAGGACAUGGUCAACAAAUACCGGCAGCUACUGGUGCGAGAAGCUCAGCAGGAGAGCCCCUCAGCAGAGAUGGUGAUGCUGGAGCGUCUCUUCCUCCAGGCGGAGCGAUGCGCUCUAGCAGAGGACCGACGGAGAGUCCGCAGAGACCCGGAGGCGUUUCUGACGGCUCUGUCCACCUCAGCGUCCCCCCCCCACGGCGCUCGCUCCUCCGGCAGCCCCUCCUCUCCGCCGGCGUGGACCAGACUGUCCGACCGGCCCCCGGGCCUGAAGACGUACCGCUCCAGCUCCCGGGGGGCCCUCAGGCUCACCAUCAAGCAGGAGUCGGGCUCCCGCAAGGUGGUCCGCAACUCGGCCUGCGACCCGGGCCUCAAGAGGGACCACGCGGGGCGGCUGACCAACGGGGGCGGAGCUGUCGACCAACGCCACUCCCGGGCAGCCAACGGAGCGCCGCCCUGUGACCCCGCGGAGGAAACCCCGCGCGCGGCCCCCCAUCCCGAAACAAAAGCCCCAAACCCUCUUUCUAUGCCGCAGCCAGGGGCCGGCUGCUUCGAGGCGCCGCCCACCGACGUCAGCGGGCCCAAACUGAAAUGCUACAGGUUGGACGAGUCGCCUCGGUUCAGCCCGCCGCCGCCGCCCCCGCCGCCCCCCCUCCAUGAGGACAGCAUGCUCAGCGAGCAUCUGCAGAGCGCCAUCGACAGCAUCCUGGAACUGCAGCGCCUGCAGGGCCCCUCGGCGGUCCCCAGCAGGGCCGCGUCGGGCCCUUCACUGGACCCGUCACCGUGAGGGAACCCGUCCACACAGAUGCAGAGACAUCUGUCUGAGGUGGGGGGGUUGUUUGUGGUCUUUGGAGAUUGCCUUUAAGGAACUGAUUGUUUGGAAGAGGAGGGGGACGAGCCACCAGACCACAGCGCCGCGGUCCGGUAGAUGGCGGAUUCUUCACUUCCAUGUUGGUCUGUGCAGAAAAGAAGUCCAUUCCUAUUUUGAGCUGUAUUGAUCUGUAGUGAUUGUAGUGAAGUCACCUGGAGGUGUAACCUUCAUCAGCAUAGAGGACACGAGUAAUAGUGAGGAAGAAGAGUCGGCCCGAGAUUAUUCAAUAGUUCCUUUUCAUAAGAUUUCUUUGAAAGAAAUGUGAUGUUUCUUUUGCGUAGUGCCAAGCUUCCAGGGUCCUUGUUUUGGUAACCUGUGCCAAUUGUGAUUUGCAUUGACAGCGCGUGUGUGUGCGUGUGUGUGUGCGCGUGCGUGCGUGUGUGUGUGUGUGUGUGCGUGUGUGAUGAUAACAUUGCGUCCUGACACGACCGUACAAGAUCCGUCAAACUCGGUUCAUCCAAUGAAACUCCAAAGAAUUUGUGACCCGUUGCAUCCCGAUAAACACCAGCAAACGUCCACGUCGCGCCUCUUCCCACAGCCGGAGUCCGUCCUCGUUGAAGCAGAUUAUGGAGGGACGGGAACAAGGGGGGAGGGGGGGGUUUGGACCCUUGUUGUCAUUCAUGCUGCAGUCUGAUUCAGUCUUUCAGAGAAUGCUUUUCUCAUUCUUUAUGUAUUAUUAACACGCGAGCAAUAAUGACUUGUUGGGAGCAGUGGUGCAGUGAGGGGGGGGGGGGGUUCUUUUGAUUGUUUUUCAGCAAAGAGAGGCGCUUGUUUUGUCGUUGAAGCACACGUAGUCUAGAAUCCACGUUUCACUGUACAGCCUCUCUGCAGCAUCGAACAGCCUUUGACCAAAAAAAAAAAACUAGAGGACUCAUCCGCAUUUAAAAUUCAUUUAUUUAUUGAUGCAUUCGUUGGUUUUGAAGCCGAAAGAUUUUCUUUCAUGCCGCCGUCGUGGAGCAAUAUGAUUUGUGCAACAUCUUACGUUAAUGUGACAAUCUUACCGGCCUGUGAAUUCUGUUUGUGUGGAAACAGACGAGAGAGAAAUGAGGUCAUCGACUCACAAAACUUGUGCAGAGAAAUCUUUGCCAAUGGAUUUUUACCAAGAAGGUCCAAAUGUUUUUGUAACAUAAAUUUAAAAACGUCCUUCACAUUUUAGCUUUUGAAGAUACUGUUGUGGGUCAAGCUUUGACCUGUGAUUUUGGGAAUAUUUAGAAAAUGCCUUAUUGUUAAUUCAGUGUACCUUUUUAAGGAAAAGAUUCACGAUGUGAUGUUUUAAAUAAUAUCUGAUGUUCUGAAAUGUGAAAGUCCCUGCAAAUAGAAAGAAAAAUCUUCCAGAGAUUUUGGGCUAAAUCAAACAGGUCCUUUUCUAUAAGUUUAAUAGUCUUUGGUUGAAAUGAACAAAAGGAGCUAUAAUAUGCAGUAAUUUAGUGUUGAAAUCCUCUGCAGUAGUUUGGGUGGACACACUAAAGGAUUCAUGAAGCACUAUAAGUAAACUUUUCCCCAGUCAGCGGUUUCCAGUCUUGAUGCUAAGCUAACGUUAGCAUCACAUUAAAUCAACAGACAUGGGAGCGGUUUAAAUCUUUGAUACAUGUAUUGGCAAGAAACCAAACUUGGAGUAUUUCCAGUACACUGAAUUUGUACAGAAAAACACGUUAAGUUUUUUUUAAAGGUGAAAUCUUCACGCGUGUUUCCACCCAAAGAGGUUUCAGUAAAGAUGUCAGAGUGUCCUUCACACUCAUCACCGCUAAACUUCACAUCGGGGAUUCCACCAGACGAAAAGACACUAAAGAAAAAAGCAAGUGGAUGGAAUCCCCGUCGAUGAAGCAGCCUCAUGUGCCAUCGUUGUUGCUUUUUGUCUCCAGUGUCAAACGCCGUCAGAAACGUGCUUCGUCCAGGGCGAAGGGAUCACAUCUGCAUGUUGAGCCAUUUUGGUUUUUAUUUGUAAAUGUGUCAUUUUAUUUAUGUUUCCUGACAGAACUGUGAAACCAGGAGAGCUCAUAACUCUGCACCAAUUCAACUUCAAAAACAACAUUUGAAUGACAGAUUGUUCCGAUGCCAAAAUCAAGAGGCCUUAAUUCAGCAAAACUAGAUUGUAAAAAUAAAAUUAAAAAUGAGUCAUUCUCGACAAAAAAAAAAAAAAAAAAAAAAGUCCAACUGAAGAGACCUGAAGGUCACGAGUGAUUCAUAUAUGAAAUGUUAAGAAAAACGCUUUUGUACUCAUUUUUACAGACUAUUUAUUAAACUGAUUUUGUAAGAAA